AUGAACACUGUGGAGGGGUUACUGUCCUCGCCCUUCCAGAUGGACGACGACAUGCCUUGCUCUUAUACACUUCGCGCUUCCGAGUGUUACGAUACCGAUCUAGACGAAGAGGAUGCUCUUCGCAAGGCUGCACGUGUGGGAAUUCGACUGUUGGAGACCAAUCAAGCGCUUACUGAAGAGGUGGGUGCAUUGCGAGAGCACGUGGCGGUGCUGGAGAGCGAGCAGCCAAAGCUACAAGCCCAAUUGGCAGUUCAAGAGCAGGAACUGAUUAGUUGCAUAGAGAUCCGGAAGGAAUUGCUGCUGGAAACAAACACGCUUUAUAACGACCUUAAGGCUAAAUCAGCACUUGUGCAGGAUUUGCUGGUAAGAGAAGGUCAUAUGAUGCAGCAGAUGAGUGAGACAGAAGCUGCCAAGACGUUGGCUGAGAACCAGACUGCGGACUUAGAGUUGGAGCUGAAAUUUGGGAGAGCGGAAUCUGCAAAAGGGAGGCCUUCGGAGCAGAACUUUGCUGUAGCGAAUCCCGCAGCCACAUACGACGUGGAUCAAGAAAGUGUUUUCACGCUCGUCGACUACGAUAAGCUGCAACACCGACUACUUGUAGCAUCGGAGGAGAAUGUAGCGCUUGCGUUGGAGGUCAAGAGUUUACGCAAAGAGGUUGAUUCACUACGUCGCAAAUUGGUCAAUCUGCCAGAGUGUAUCGCUCGCAUUGAAGUACUCGAAAACCAGAACGAAAGACUGCGAGAUGUAAAUGAAACGUUACGUGAUGAGAGGAUGGAAGAGCAAGCCGUAUUGGACAGCCUUCGUUCGAUGAACUUGAUGCACAAGAAGAUCGCAGAGUCUCGUCCAUUUGCGGCGGAUUGUACAUGCUUUCAGCAACCAGAGGAGGCUGACGCACAUGUUCCGACUAUUACAGUGCGUGAUGUGCUCCUUGAAACAAACAUGAAGCUUGAGGCCGAGCUUCGUGAUCUUCGGGCUAGCAUGGAUAUACCGCACCGACUUUCCGAGACUGUUGAAGAAGAGCUGCUGGAACGGGCGUUCAGGCGAGUGGGUAGUAAUAGUAUUAGUGGCUGGGCAGAAUCGGAUACAAUAAGUAGCAGUGGCGAUUCGAUGAAGUCUGUGAAUGCACGGCUGGAUCGCAAGAUGCAGGUUGUCACGGAGAAGUAUAAGUUGCUGAAAGAGAUGCUGCGCCACACAAAGGUUCAAUGGUGUGCCGCAGUGGCCUCGCAGAAAGCGCAAGAGGAAAGCAACGAGUCUGCCCAAAGAGAGGUUUCUCUUCUUAAACAGCAAUUGGACAAGUGUGUUGCAGCUCUUGCUGCCAUCGAUCUCAAGGAUCGAGAGAAUCAAAUUGAACGAACACGCGUGGUUGUCGACGAAAGUGGCGAAUGGAUUGAGGAGACAGCACCAUUUCCCGCGCCACCGGGCGACCUGAAUUCACCGUUGAUUCGGUGUUUGCUGGAUCAUUGGAGUGCUGACAAAUCGAAGGUCAUGAUGCUCACGGACUGGUUGCACAAUGCGAUCCGAGGCACAGGUCGGGCCACGCCACUGCGGCUGGCAAAUUUAACGAGCGAGGUCGCAGCAGGCUUUACGCAGCUCUUGGUCCCCACUUUGCGUGAGCGGCACGGCGUGUCCGUGAGCAUUUAUCGGCACGACAGCGUGCACGUGUUGUCGGACCUGGUGCUUCAGACUAACCACCCCAGCGUGAUGGUGCAGUCUACUGUAUUGAAAAAUGGAAUUACUGUGACGCAUUACGAGAACGCGGACGAUGGGGUUGAUCCCGAAUUAAGUCCAGCCUUGUGUCGUACUCGAGAUAGCUAUGCUGACAGCUAUAUGCUGAAGUGGAGGCACGAUUUCUAA